ACAGAACAGUGUGUUUGACCGCAGGAGCGGUCGGGGGGACGCGGCCAGGAAUUCUGCUGGAAGUGUUUUCCUCUGCUCCGGGGUUAAAACUAAACAAGAGCCGAGCGUAUUUAGGUGCAGAACACACACCCGAGCCAGACCCCGCCGAGUUCUUCGACCUCAGUUUUGUCUGAUGGGUUCUUUUUUUCCCAGUUGUUAGAGUGUUUCUUGGUAUGUUUGCAAAGCAGUUCUUCGGAAGAAUUUCGUUCUUUGCGAUAGGUCUGGAAAAGCCUUGCUUGGAUGUGCUGUUUUGUUUUUUUUUUUUCCCCCCAGUUCCUUCGUGCUGGGGACAGAAAAAACAAAUGCUCUUUUUGGGGGUGGGGAAGGAAGAAGGAAGAGGAAAUGAAGGUUUAAGCAUGUUUGUGGAGUCAGGUCUCUCUCAAUUUGUUCUGCUCAAGUAACACUGGGAGUGGGACUCGGUGGCUUUUAAGUACAGAACGUUUAUGAGCAAAAACUGUGAGGAUUUAAACUUUAUAGGGAGGAAAGUGUUAAACUGAUGGGAAGGCACGCGUUCGAGAGAGCGGAUCUCAGAGACACUACCUACGUGCUCCUGCUUCAAACUAGUGGGGAUGGAGGUGGGGGGGAAAAAAAAUAAAGAAAACCGGUGAAAAAAAAGCCCAACAAACCAACCCUACAAUUUGCAUGAAUGAUGCCACGUAAAAUACCGGAGUGAGGAAUUGUGCUCUGCAGACGAAAGCCUGAAGUCCCGUGAUAUGACUCGCUCAUUUCUGCAGGGCUCAUCAGAAUGGUGAAUAACACUGAAGACCCUCAAGAGGCUUUAUAACGCCCCAUCCCCAUGUAAAGUAUGCUCAGAACUUUUCCAGUAGUCCUGCUGGAAACCAUGUCUCACUACACGGACGAGCCAAGAUUUACCAUAGAGCAGAUAGACCUUCUGCAGCGCCUGAGACGCACGGGAAUGACCAGGCAUGAGAUCCUGCACGCUCUGGAAACCUUGGAUCGCCUCGACCAGGAGCACAGUGACAAAUUCGGGAGACGCUCUGGCUACGGGGGCGGCUCCUACGGCAACAGCACCAACAACGUGCCGGCCUCCUCCUCCACGGCCACGGCCUCCACGCAGACCCAGCACUGUGGGAUGUCCCCCUCGCCCAGCAACAGUUACGACACCUCCCCGCAGCCUUGCACUACCAAUCAGAACGGGAGGGAGAGUAACGACAGGUUGUCCGCCUUCAACGGGAAGAUGUCGCCCACCCGGUACCCCCUGGCCAACAGCCUGGCCCAGAGGUCCUACAGCUUCGAGGCCUCCGAGGAGGACCUGGACAUCGACGACAAGGUGGAGGAGCUGAUGAGGAGGGACAGCAGUGUGAUAAAGGAGGAAAUCAAAGCCUUCCUGGCCAACCGGAGAAUCUCCCAAGCAGUUGUUGCACAGGUAACAGGGAUCAGUCAGAGUCGGAUCUCCCAUUGGCUGUUGCAGCAGGGGUCGGACCUGAGUGAACAGAAGAAAAGGGCAUUUUACAGAUGGUACCAGCUUGAGAAGACAAAUCCUGGGGCCACACUAAGCAUGAGACCAGCUCCUAUCCCAGUAGAAGAGCCAGAAUGGAGACAGACGCCUCCCCCAGUCACAGCUACCUCUGGGACCUUCAGACUACGGCGAGGCAGUCGGUUCACGUGGAGAAAGGAGUGCCUGGCAGUCAUGGAAAGUUACUUCAAUGAGAAUCAAUACCCAGACGAGGCAAAGAGAGAAGAAAUUGCCAAUGCCUGUAAUGCAGUUAUCCAGAAACCAGGAAAAAAGUUGUCGGAUUUGGAGCGAGUCACCUCCCUCAAGGUGUACAACUGGUUUGCCAACAGGAGGAAGGAGAUCAAGAGGAGAGCCAAUAUCGAAGCAGCAAUCCUGGAGAGCCAUGGAAUAGAUGUACAGAGCCCAGGAGGUCAUUCUAACAGCGACGACGUGGAUGGCAAUGACUACUCAGAGCAGGACACUUGGCAAGUCCGCAACGGGGAGGAGGAGGGAAGAUGUUCAGAGGGAGGCCGAGAAGCAGAGAAGGUAGAAGAAGACAGGAGGAUCUGCUCCAAACAAGCAAGUUACACCCCUCACACCACAUGCAGUGAUGACAGCACUAGCCAUAGUGACCACCAAGACCCCAUUUCCUUAGCCGUGGAGAUGGCAGCAGUCAACCACACCAUCCUGGCGCUGGCCCGGCAAGGAGCCAACGAGAUCAAGACAGAGGCUCUCGACGACGACUGAUACGAAGAGAGGGGAGGGUCAAAGCAAGAAGUAACUUAGUUUUAGACGUAGCACCUUAGCAGACUUUCCUCGGUCCUUAAUAUGUGUUCUUACAGUAUAACUUUGCAGUUUCUUGUACGUCAGUUUAGCUGUUAGGGUCUUGUUCUGUGAAGAUGGCAUGGUGCCCUCAGCCUUUGCAUAUACUCUCUCAGUAUUAAUUCCCAAUAAAUAAUCAAUCAACCAACCAACCUCCCCUCUCCCGGCCCCAAGUGGCUAGAGAAAAAAAAACAAAAAAACAAAAAAAAACAACAAAAAAAAACACACAAAAAAAGCAAACAAACAAACAAAAAAAUCUUGCUGCUCUGUCUUAGCAUUCAAAGUGCUUCCAGGUAUUUUAGACAGCCCUCGAUUCCAAGUCUUAGGCUACACUUAAAAAAAAAAAUCUUGGAUAACCGUAGAGGUCGUGUUGAAACAAUAGUCCGUACGCUUUCCCUUCCCUGAGACUGAAAGGAUGCAAGCUGAGGUAGUGGCACAGGGUCGAUGGACACCACACUGGGAGCAUCAACAGAGAGUAAAAAGAACACUUAGAACCCCCACUUCAGCCUGGGAAUAAAUGAUUUCCAGCUGCAAUAAGCCGUGCCUCACUGGUCAUUACAGUGACUUGAUCUACUUUUGGGUGCUGUGCUGAGAAUGUCCAUUGGAAACACAUUCCCACAUUUUCGGUUGGCGUUUCACACAUUCAACACAGACAUCCUCUGCUCUCACAAGCUGCGUGGCUUAGUGGAGAAGUGCUGCCUUCUGCCUCUGGGACCAUGGGUUUGAAGCCCAGCCUGGGAUCAAAUGACAAAUGAGCUGAAUGUCUAAUGGACAACAGUCCACUUCUCAGAACCACUAUUCCUUUUUGGCAUGGCUGGCAGUGCCUGCUCAGAAGAGGUCUAGACUCUUAUUGAUCUGUCAUUAACUAUUUCACCUUUUAUUCCUCCUCUCGCCUUCUCUGUCCCCGCCCUCCUCCCCUCUCCACUUUGCCACUUUCGAAAGCAAUGUUUUCCAGGAAGGUUGUUAAGGGCAUAAAAAUGGGUGAGUGGAUUUUUUACACGUCUGUGUAACCCAAUGCCUACGUCCUGAGUAGCCUGAAAGGUUAUUGGAGAACUUUUGACACCUGACCUUUGCUAGAGAAAACCGUCAGAGCAUAAAUAUUCUCCUAAAUAUGAACUUAAUUUUGUUUGUUUAGAGGCAGGAGGAUCUCUUACCUGAGAAAUGGGGUGUGAAUGUUUUGUGUUCUCUUUACUCUGUCUUUGUUAAGGUGUGAGAAAGCUAUACUGCUACGAGCAAUUUAAUUAAUAAUUGGAAGCCAUACUGAUAAAUGGAUGUGGUAAUAUUUGUAAAGCAAACCUACUUUAAGUAGCAGGAACUAAUGGAAUUGUUUUCCUUGAUCAUAUGUAGCACUUUUGUUACUUUUUUCUUAAAGAUAUUUAUAUUUGAUAAGUCUUUUUUUUAUCAUUUGAGAAUUCCAAAUACCAAACAGCAGACUUGCAUUGCAGAGUCACCCUGCGAUCACCUUGUCAUCUUAGUAUCUAAAUGAUGAACUGUGUGUGCAUCUAAGAAAAUUACAUCUGCUAGCAUUGUGUGGAAAUGAUCUCCUGGCAUCCUGAUAAAAUGAUAUGUUGCUGCCGGUAAGAGGAAACAUUUUGAUGGAAACAGCACGGGAAGUGUUAGAGACGGGCAAGGAAAAAAAAAAACGUUUACAAG